UCCAUCAGGUUCAUCAACAACAUGGAACCCAGAAAUCACACAGAUGUUUCAGAAUUCCUUCUACUGGGAUUGACAGAUGAUACAGAAUUGCAGCCUCUCCUCUUCAUUCUAUUCCUGACCAUGUUCCUGGUCACCAUCCUGGGAAACCUACUCAUCGUUCUGACUGUCAUCUCUGACUCUCACCUGCAUACACCCAUGUACUUCUUUCUCUCCAAUCUGUCUAUUAGUGACAUCUGUUUAAGCACAACCACGAUCCCCAAAAUGCUGAUGAACAUCCAAGCACAGAAUCAGAGCAUCACUUAUGCAGGUUGCCUUACACAGAUUUACUUUGUCCUGGUUUUCGCUAGUUCAGAAAAUUUUCUUCUUGCAAUAAUGGCCUAUGAUCGCUAUGUGGCCAUUUGUCAUCCUCUGAGGUACACAGUCAUCAUGAACUUCCACUUCUGUGGACUGCUGAUUCUAUUCUCUCUGUUCAUUAGCAUUUUGGAUACCCUACUCCACAGUCUGAUGGUAUUGCGACUGACCUUCUGUUCAAAUCUGGAAAUCCCCCUCUUCUUUUGUGAAGUUGUUCAAGUCAUCAAGCUUGCAUGUUCUGAUAUCCUUAUCAAUAACAUCCUGAUAUAUUUUGCAACUAGUGUAUUUGCUGGUAUCCCUGUGUGUGGAAUUAUUUUCUCUUAUGUUAAGAUAGUCUCCUCUGUUUUGAGAAUGCUAUCAGUGGAUGGAAGAUAUAAGGCUUUUUCCACUUGUGGAUCUCACCUCGCAGUUGUGUCCUUAUUCUAUGGGACAGGUUUUGGGGUGUACAUUAGUUCUGCUCUUGCUAUCUCUUCCAGAAAUAUUGCAGUGGUUUCAAUGAUGUACACUGUUGUCCCUCAAAUGCUGAACCCCUUCAUCUAUAGCCUGAGGAACAGGGACAUGAAGGGAGUCUUGAGAAAACUCAUCAGUAGGAUACCUUCUCUUCUUUGA